AUGGCUUCAGCAAAGAUGGGCAAGUCCAAGACGACAAUGAAAGCUUCCGCCACAGAUGGCGUCUCCAAGACAAAGUCACAGAUGCAUCGCCGUUCAAGAUCAGGAUGCUACACUUGCCGAUUAAGACGAAAAAAGUGCGACGAGCUCACGCCCUUUUGCUCUGCCUGCCAACAUCUCGGCCUCGAGUGCGAGUAUAAGAGACCAGUCUGGUGGAGCAACAACGAGGCGCGCCGAAGAAACAAGGAAGAUAUCAAAAUCAUCAUCAAGCGCAAGAAGCUCGCCGAAAAGUCGGCCACGCAUGAGAUUCACUCGUCCGUCAGCCCGCCGCCUCCCAGCCUCAGCCAUUCCAUGCACACGUCUGCCUCGGGCUCCUCUGACUUUUACGACCAUCGCAAUCGCUCGGCCUCGAUUGACUCGCGCGCAUCCGGCAGCAACUACAACUACAACAACAACUUUAACAGCCCGCCCAGCGGCGCUGAUUUCGUCGCCUACAACUCGCAAAUACACCCCGACUUCAUAUACGGCGCAGCAGCAGCAGGAGGCGGCUUCUCGCCCUACGAGAUUGACGUCAAGACGGAGAGGCAAAUGUAUAUCAAUGAUGUGCCCACUGUCAGAGAAUCCCACGUCUCUACCUUUAGCACCAUGCACACUCCGCCGCCGCCCGGCACCGUCCUGGCCGCUGGGUCGUUUCCCAAUUGCUGGACGGGACACCACGUCGCUGAGGAGCGCAAGGAGUCGCUGUCUGAGGAGGCGCUCAAUGUCAACUUUUUCGACUUUGCCCAUGGCCCGCCCCAAGAGUCGCGCAUGCUCCAGGUCGAGCUCGACGAGAGGGACCAGCGUCUGCUCGAGCACUUUAUCAAGUUUGUCAUGCCAACGAUUUUCCCCAUUCUCGAGUCGAAUCAGCACGGCUCCGUCGGCUCCGACCUCAUCCUGCCGGCGCUGCAGACCAACAGCAUCUACCUACACUGCUGUCUGAGCACCGCCGCGCAGCACCUGAAAACGGCCAGCCUCGCCGUCGGCCAGGCGCCGACCGAGGAGGUUGACCCCGACGGCGACAUUAUGAGGCACCGCUACGCGACUAUUUGGUCGCUGUGCGAGGCGCUCAAGCGCGACGAGAGCCACCAGCAGAUCCUCGAGGCGACGCUGGGCCUCAUCUUUUUCCAGUGCGUCGUUGGCCGGCCCGACGACGGCCUGCUGGACAUUGCCUGGCACCAGCAUUUCCAGGCCGCCAUCAGCCUGGUGCAAAAGCUCGACCUGCCGCGCCUCGUCUUGGACCCGUCGUUGUCAAUGGCCAUGCAGCAGCAGCAGCAACCGCUGGUGCAGACGCCCUUUAACAUGACGUUGACGGCCUGGAUAGACAUUCUCGGCGGCACCAUGCUUGGCCAGUCGCCGCAAUUUGCGCACACGUACCGCGAGAAGCACCUGUCAGACAAUCCGCACCUGGGCCUCCGCGAGCUCAUGGGCUGCGAGGACCGCGUCAUGUACCUCAUUUCCGAGAUUGCCUGUCUUGAAGCGCUCAAAAAGGGCGGCAUGGACGACUUUGUGCUCUGCCAGCACGUCUCGUCCCUCGGCGAGCAAAUGUCGCUGACCGAGGUACCCCCCGGCGGCGACGCCAACAACACCAACAACAACAAUAACCAGCCGCGCCCACCCUUCAACGCCAACGGCACCCUCUCCCCCAAGCAACUCUCCAAGAACAUGACGUCUGCCUUUCGCAUCGCCGCCCGCAUCUACCUCUGCAGCCUCGUGCCCGGCUUCAACCCCUUUCAGCCCUCGCCCAUGUCGCUCGUCGACAAGCUCACCGCCGUGCUGCAAUGUAUUCCCGCGGGGCCCCAGGGCUUUGACCGCAGCCUGGUCUGGGUCUACCUCAUGUGCGGCUCCAUUAGCGCGCCCGACAGUCCCUUUCGCGCGCUGUUUGAGCAGCGCAUUGCGGCGCUGGGCGAGCAGGCCAAGUGCGGCUCCUUUGGCCGCAUGGUGGUUGUCAUGCGUGAGCUGUGGCUGCAAAACGAUCAGCUCUUGCAUGCGAGCACGCCUGGCUCGGAUGUCGCGCCUCCGUAUGUUCACUGGAGAGACGUUUUGCAGAUGAAUGGAUGGGACUAUCUGCUCAUCUAA